AUGGAUAAGGCGGAAAAAGGUAAUGAAUGUAAAAGUUGCACAAUGAAAGGUGAUGAAAGUAAUGAAAUUCGAUGUGAAUUACAACAAGUGAAUGGAUAUAAUGUUGAAUUAGCGGAACAACAGGAUGACAUAACUAAUCUGAAAGAAAAUAGCCAGGAGAGUGAAAGUAAUCAUUCAACUAAUACUGCAAAAUGUUCGAAUAGUACGAAUGAUGAAACUUUAGUGAAAAAAGAGAAUUCUGAAAUUAUCACUAAAGAAAAAGUAUCGGAAGCAAUACCAUCAAAAACUUCAAUUUCGUCUUCUUCAUUAUCAUCGAAAAAUAUGCUUGAAUCAUCGUUAUCAUCAUCAUCAUCAUCGUCAAAUGGUAAUAAUGCUAUAAGCAACGUUCAGGGUGAAUGUCGAACAUCUGUUUUGAUCAAAAAACAAAUGAAUGAAAUCGAUAAGGAAAUUAAUCGACGAAUACAAAAUCGAAAUAUUAAAAAAGUAUGCUUUGAAUUCUAA